AUGGAAGAUGAUAGUUACAACUACUAUGGGGCCGACAACCAGUCUGAAUGUGAGUACGAAGACUGGAAGUCUUCUGGAGCUCUCAUCCCUGCCAUCUACAUUCUGGUCUUCCUUCUAGGCACCACCGGCAAUGGCCUGGUGCUCUGGACCGUGUUUCGGAGCAGCCGGGAAAAGAGACGCUCCGCUGACAUCUUCAUUGCCAGCCUGGCAGUGGCCGACCUGACCUUUGUGGUGACUUUGCCACUGUGGGCCACCUAUACCUACCGGGAGUUUGACUGGCCCUUUGGAACCUUCUCUUGCAAGCUCAGCAGCUACCUCAUCUUUGUCAACAUGUAUGCCAGUGUCUUUUGCCUCACCGGCCUCAGCUUCGACCGAUACCUGGCUAUUGUCAGGCCAGUGGCCAAUGCUCGACUUAGGCUGAGGGUCAACGGGGUUGUGGCCACAGCGGUCCUGUGGGUGCUGGCUGCCCUUCUGGCUGUGCCUGUAAUGGUGUUCCGUUCCACUGCUAACACAGAAAACAGCACCAAGGUCCAGUGCUACAUGGACUACUCCAUGGUGGCUACCUCAAACUCAGAGUGGGCCUGGGAGGUGGGCCUUGGGGUGUCAUCCACUGCUGUAGGCUUUGUGGUGCCCUUCACCAUCAUGCUGACAUGUUACUUCUUCAUUGCCCAAACCAUCGCUGGCCAUUUCCGUAAGGAGCGCAUUGAGGGCCUGCGGAAGCGGCGCCGGCUGCUCAGCAUCAUCGUGGUAUUGGUGGUGACUUUCGCCCUGUGCUGGAUGCCUUACCACCUGGUGAAGACGCUCUACAUGCUGGGGAAUUUGCUGCACUGGCCCUGUGACUUUGACAGCUUCCUCAUGAAUGUCUUUCCCUAUUGCACCUGCAUCAGCUACGUCAACAGCUGCCUCAACCCCUUCCUCUACGCCUUUUUCGACCCCCGAUUUCGACAAGCCUGCACCUCCAUGCUGUGCUGUGAUCAGAGCAGGUGCAAAGGCACCCCUCACAGCAGCAGCGGGGAGAAGUCAGCCAGCUAUUCUUCUGGGCACAGCCAGGGCCCUGGCCCCAACAUGGGAAAGGGAGGAGAGCAGAUGCAUGAGAAAUCCAUUCCCUAUAGUCAAGAGACUCUUGUGGACUAGGGCUUGGACCAAAGAGAAGCCUGGUGCUUUGGGUCUGACCCAAACUUUACCCUUGCGCUCUGAGAACCAGAUAGCAUGGCUGCAUUUUCUCCCUGACCCCUGGCUCCUUUAGCUGUUCCCUGCCUCCAAGCUCUGACUUGCCCUCCACUUCCCAGAGGUUUGUGGUUCAGUGGGAAGAGAUGGAGCCUUGCAAACAGACCUGUGCUCAGCUAUUCAAUAUCCUCGAGGCUGACCUCGCACAAGUCUCCUAUCCUCUCCAAGCCUCAGUUUCUCUGCAUUAAAUGGGAGAAUGUUUUAUGGACCCUAAAAUGUUGAAGAUGAUUCCUGACUUAAUUUGCUUCCUUCUACUCUUUCU